CAACCCGCUCAAUGCGACGUCUACGUAUUUAUGUCUAUGGUGUGAAGUGAUCAGGCGUCAGUGCUGCUGUCACGUGUCACCGUAGUUCAAAAGCAAACCCGCGAAAACGGAACCAGAACCUGAGCCAUUAGCUGUGUGGUGCUAGUUAGCUUAGAUAGUGUGUGUUGGCGUCCGUCAUGGCUCAGGAGUUCCACGUCGUCAGGUGUUUCAGCUGCCAGAGCUUCCAGGUCCAACAGGUGAAGAAGGUCAACAGGUGGAGCUGUAAACUGUGUGGAGAGAAGCAGUCGCUGGUGAAGGAAUAUGGGCGGGGCUCCGGGGCCGACUGCAGGCGACACGUCCAGAAACUUAACGCCAUGAGGGGAGCCAUGAUGGAGGAGCAGGAGCGCCACACCUGGUCGCUAUGGGAGGCGGUGGAGGCAGAGGACCAGGGGGACAGACCGGUGGCCCAGCCCCAGGUGACUCAACAACAGGUGACUCAACAACAGGUGACUCGGCAUCAAGGGACUCAGCAUCAAGGGACUCAACAUCAGGUGAGCCGAUGGAGCAAAUACUUGGACCCACCAGAGGAGGAGGAGGAGGAGGAGGAGCCCACUCAGAGUGACUUGAUUGACAGGCAGCAUCUCCACUUCAACAACAUAUUCGAAAGGAAGAGGAAGAGAUCCGAGGACCAAGCCGACGCACCUGAACAGAUAAAAACAUUCAACAAAGAAGAAGACACCACCAAGUUCCGCCCUCUGCUGCCAGUGCCCAGCAUGUUUGAGAGCGGCGAGGACUUCUGCUUCGACGAAGACGACUUUCUGACACAACAUGGCUCCUUGGACUGAGCGUUACUGGCCUCAGAGCAGUUCAUUUGUUUUAUGGUUUGUUUGUGUAGAAACAGACUCUGGACUCAGAUCAGUUCAUUUGUUUUAUUGAUUGUUUGUGUAGAAACAGACUCUGGACUCAGAUCAGAUUCAGGUUUAAUUAUUAUUUUAUUAUUUUCUUGCUCAGGUGAAGAAGUGACUAAUAAAUCAGUAGAAACAGUAA